CUGCUAAUGGGCGUCACAUGCUGCUCUAGGAAGAGGUGGAAGAGCCCAAUUCUGAAUAGGGGGGCAGACAUGUAAUGUUAUUGUGCAGCGGGGUAUACGGAGCCGUUGAUGUUACAAUGAGGAGGGGGGACAGAGCUGCAGAGGACUACUCUUCUCAUCAUGCAUACAGAUCUCAGCAGAUGCCUUAUCCAGGACCCUAAAUAAUCCCCUGUGCAUCCUGACAUGAAGAGCUGCUGAGGAUUGGUACAAGCAGUGGUGGCGGUGCCCUAGUGUGAGACAAUGGUGCAAUUAUACAACUGCCAUCCCUUUGGGUCCCAGAGGAUUGUCCCCACCAAGCAGGCACCAGAGGUGUUUUGUUGUGGCCGGGAUAGUGUAUUUGUGACCUGUGCUGGGGGCUGUAAGGUGGAGGUGUUCAGUGUGGGGCAGGAGCUAUGUCAGCCACUUUGCAGCUUCAACACCUUGGGGAAAGUAGUCCAUAUGAGCUACAGUGACAUAGGAGAUUAUUUGGUUACAAUCGAAGAGAAAAACAACAUUUCCUCUCUUAGAGCCUAUGUGAACUGGAGAUGUCAGACUACAGGGAGCUCCCGGGUCAGUGUACGGAUGGUUGGCCUCCAGUUAGAGUCUCUCCUUAGUGGGGCCUCAAAGGACCAGAUGGAAAUCAUCGAGAUGCCCCUUUCUGAAAACCCACUGUGCCUCUCUUGUUGUCCUGUACGAGGAGAUCUUCUGGUCGGCUGUAAAAGUAAACUAAUGGUCUUCAAUUUGAAGUACAUCGCCAUUGGUGAUACAGCAGUGUUAGACUUUGACAGAUCCUUGGUUUUACACAUAAAUGGAAUUGAACCUAGUCAGCUGUGCUUUUGUUCCUGGUAUAUUGGUAUCGCAAAUGAUCUGGAAGUUUUAGUGUUCAGACUGAGCUCGGAGUCGCCAAAAGGAACCUUGAAAAACACAACAGAAGUUAAAUUGUUGCCAGAUAAAGGUAGUAAGAAUGGUCUUGUUGUCACAGCGUCCCAUCCAUUAGAAUGUGAGGACUUUGUCAUGUUUCAGAGGCCUGAGGAACUUGUUGGAGAGGACUGCAAAUCCUGCAACAUAGUAGUGACCCCAGAGCCAACAGGGCUGUCCAUAGAUGCACAAAGCCAUUGCCAUGUGAAUUAUAUAUUGUACAGGAGGUUUGCUCCAGACUUUACAGAUGGCUUCGUUGUAGAAAGUACAAGAUUACAUUCUCUACAGCUGCUGCCUAUGUAUAAGACAGUAAAUCAUAUUCUUCCUACUCAUGGCGAAAGUUCAGCUUCUCGGAAGGAAAUUUCAAGCCUGUUCUGUUUCUUCUCCAUGCCACAUGCUGGAUUCUUGUACACACUAUUCAAUGCUGUAGAACUUAUAUCAGUUUACCAGUACCCAGAAAGGUCACAGCAGGCAGUUCUGACUUCCCAAUUCCUACAUGUCAUUACAAGUAACAACCUGCAGUGUUUUACUGUGAGAUGCUGUGCAGCCGCAGCUCGGGAGGAGGAUCCCUAUAUUGGUACAACUAUGAAGACUUGCCCGCCAGUAUCCCUCGAUGUCUGUACCCUAAGGAUGCAACUGUUUAUUGGAUUAAAAGCCAUUCAGCACUUUAAUAACUACAUAAUCAUUUUAACAAAGGCGGAUAUUGAGGACAAGGCAGAUAAAAUGAAAAGUACCAGAAGGUUAUCCUCCAGAAAAGCUGGUGUGAAGAACAAAUCCUCCAGUGAUUCAGAGCAUGGCUGGAAUCUCUAUGUUGUUAGCACUACACCUACUCUCCAGCUGUACAAAGAAAUGGUAGAGUACAGCAAGAGAUACGAGACAGUAAAGACCCAUGGUAGUAUUCAUCUGUUAAGUGAAGCUCACCUUUUACUUAGAGCAGCGUUAAUAAACCCAGACGUGGUGGAAUCUGAAGAGAAGGAGGAGCUAAUGGCGGCCUUCAGAGAGAGCUGUGCCUACCUGGGAGACUGCUUCAGCAGCUUGGACACAAAGAAUACCCACCUUGCUCUCCCUUACUACAAAAUGUCUGGUUUAUCAGUGUCAGACGUAAUAGAGCGUGUACUAUCAAAGGAACAGCAGAACGACUAUGGCAAAGGCUUCAUAUUCUAUCUCAAACAUUCACUUUAUGAAGAACUGGAUGAGAAACUUAGUGAAACAGUGGCAUUUAAAGUACUGCAGAUUUUCAGUGCAACAGAACCAAACCAGUUGCCUCAUGCUUUAUGUAGUUCUUGUAUGAUUAAUGCAUGCCCCAAAAAAGCAAUGGGCCUAUUGGAAACAUUACGUGCGUCAGGACCUUCAGCCCUCAUUUCUCUCACUAAGGCAGCAAUGGCACUGAAACUGCAGGAUCUUCAGACUUAUGAAGCAGAGAUGCAGCGUCAUUCAGAGCUGCAGCUCCUGCUUGGUUUCCUGGAUGAACCAAGGCUUAUUCUAAGACGUAGAGACAGAGAGGUCAUUCCCACAGAGAUGGCCUUCCAAUUCCGAGACACUCUGCCUGGACUACUUGUUGCUGUUCUGGUGGCUUUUCAUGAAAACAGUAAAAUUAAUCUGAAGGAAGCGGAGUCAUUCUUUAAGACAUUAUGUAACAAGACUGGUGAAGAUGAUAUUCCACAAUUACUUGUAGAUUUUUGGGAAGCUCGUCUAUCCUCAUAUCCUCCAGAAUCUAUCCUGCAAGAUGUACUGCUUAAGCUUACAUCUCAUUAUGUGCUCAGAUUAUGCCAACCACAACAUGCAUGUAUUGAGUCUCUCAAGAGCCCAGAGGAUCUGAGGAACUCCUGCAGCCAUUUUGGACUAAUCAGCCCUUGGAUAUCAAAGAUGGUGUCUUCAGAACCUGUGUCAUGUGCAGCCUGUGGAGAAUUGCUGAAGUUACAGUCUCUGCUAUGUGGACCUUCCCUGGAUAUUGUGUCAUUUCUGCCAUUUCUGGACUUUUUACCAGACAGCAAUAAUUCAUAUCUGAGCAUUCACAUUAUUUGUGCUACACGGCUCCUGAAUUAUGAGGGCUCCAUAGAGCGACUACUAGAUCAGUGUCCUGAGGCUGUUACAAUGUAUGCAAAGCAUGAAAUAAAAGGUGGAAGCCAGGCUCUGUGGUGGAACAAGUUAUUACCUGAACUGUGUAAUAGGGUACGCAGCAGUGAAAACACUAAUGCAGUAUUUAUUUCUUCUUUAAAAGACACUUUGGAUGUGAUUGCCAUGGAGCUAGACCUUCACGAUUUUCUCAAUCUGCUGCCCGAUGAUGGAAAUGCAGCAUUUUUCUUGCCUUAUCUUGUAAACCAAAGCAAAAGAAAACUUGCAGCUUAAAUUGCAAACUGAUAUAGCAUCUUUGGUGAAUGUAAUAUUAUAAACACAGCAUUCCAAAAUCUGCUGUGAUCAAUAAACAAUACUACAACUUGA